UUUUCUUGUGGGUUACGCGCUCUCUCUCUUUUCAGAUGGAUUUAAAAAAAAUUAACGCAACGUCUCUAAUUACAGAGAGAAAACCAAUAACAAAAAUACAAGAUCUACCUUUGAAUACUCUGAGGGCUAUAAAGAAGGCAAAAAUAGUCAAUUCCAAAUUCGGAGAAUCAGUUUUAUUGGAUUUAGAUACAGAAGUAGUGUUUUUACCGCAAAGAGUCACAAGUGUCUACAAACCAGUCAUUGAAGAAUUUGAAAAGGAAAAAUACGGAAUUAUAUUCAAGGGAUUAGUGGAUGUUGGAAAAAAUCAACGGCUAGCGUCAUUUGAAAUUGAGGAACUAUAGACGUGCCUAAGACACAGAGAGAGAGAGAGAGAGGUGAGUACCAUGAAUAUUGUAAAAAAAUCUGAAAAUUUACUGCAAGUCAUUAAAAAUGUCAGAAAAAUAUUGUUUGAUAAGAUAAGGGAUAGAGAUGUGGAAAUUUGGUUGAAUCGAUUGAAAAAACAAAUUAAAGUAUGUAAUUUGACAAUUAAAAAAGGAGGACUGCAUGUAGGUACAAUUAGGAAAUUACAAACAUACAUAGGACAUUUCAAACAUUUUAAACAACUUAUUUCAAAUAGGAAUAUAGGUAUGGGGCUGAAUAAUAAACUGAAAAAUAGAGUUAAAUGGGAAAAUGUAGCGUCUGCAUUUACAAGAAGAAUUAAAACCGGACUUAUAGUAAAUUUAUAUCAUAAGGACUUAACGAAAUUUUUAAAUGAUUGUCAAAUAAUUUUUAAAAAUAAAAUAAGGGAAAUUUUUAGGAAAAAAUAUUCUGUUGUUGAAGUUUAUGUUUGUUUUUGUGGAGAGUUCAUUAAAAAAUCUGGUGAAAAUGAAAUUUAUAGUUUCCAUUAUUUUAUGACUAAAAAUUCUAUUAUCGAUGUAUCGACCGAUAUAGAGCGAUGGUUUUUCGAGAACGUCAAAGAUAAAAUUAAUUUUAAAUUAUCAGAAUUUCAAGAGAGGGACUCUGGUUUUGCAUUAAGUAAAAUUAUUUCUUUAGAAGUAAAUAUCAAUAAAUUUGAAAUUGGAAACGGCUCAUCUUAUAUUAAACUUCCAGAACCUAUUCAAAAAAAGCGAGGGUGCAUAAACAUUAAAAAUUCUGACCAAGCAUGUUUUUAUUGGUCAAUUGUUAGUGCUUUGUACCCAGCCAAAAAUAAUUAAGAACUCACUUCCUCAUAUCCAUAUUAUAGCACAGUCUUGAAUACACAAGACUUGGAAGCUCCGAUGCCCCUGCAUCAAAUUUCAAAGUUUGAAAAAUCUAAUAACAUUUCCGUCAAUGUCUAUGCCUUGGAUUUAAUUGAAAUAAAUAAUAAAAAACCAUUUUACAAAGUAUAUCCAGUAAGACUUGCUAAAUCAAUACACGAGAAACAUGUAAAUCUUUUAUUAAUUCAAAAUACAUAUUUUCCAAAGCUAAACGAUUAUGAAGCACCUCCUAUAGAUAAUGACAAUUCAGAAAUCACAUAUCACUACUGCUGGAUCAAAGAUUUGUCACGUUUAAUUAAUAGUCAGUUAAGUAAAACUACAUAUAAAAAAUUUAUUUGCAAUCGCUGCAUAAAUUAUUUCAGUAGUGAAAGUAAAUUGAAUGUCCACUUGAAAUUAUGCUCUGAAUUAAAUAAUUAUAAAAUGUCUUUUCCAAAAUAUGAAUCUGUUAGUUUUAGAAAUUAUAUAUAUAAACAAACUACGCCUUUUGUAGUUUAUGCCGACUUUGAGUGCAUGCUAGAACAAUUUACAGAUAAAACACAGCUUCAUAAUAAGACAAAUAAAUACCAAAAACAUAUAGCAUAUAGUGCUGGUUACUAUGUAAAAUGUAGCUACAACGAAGACUUGAGUUUUUUCAAGAGCUACAGAGGUAGCGAUUGCAUGGAUUGGUUUGCAAAUGAAUUAUCGAAUUUAGCUGAAAGUAUUAAAUCAGAAAUUAAAACUAUUACACCUAUGGAAGAAAAACCAGAUUUACGUGUGACAACAAUGUGUCACAUAUGUGAAAAGGGUUUUUCCUCUACAGAUAUCAUUGUUAGAGAUCACGAUCAUUUUACGGGGAAGUUUAGAAAUUUUGCACAUCAAGCAUGCAAUUUAAAUUUCAAAAAACUGUUUGUUGUACCUACAGUUUUCCAUAACUUAAGUAACUACGAUAGCCAUUUCAUCAUUUCGGAAUUAAGUAAAAGAGGAAACAUCAGUUUACUCCCCAUAAAUAAAGAAAAAUACAUUUCAUUUACACUUAACGAUUCAGAUACAAAUAUAAAAUUUCGAUUCAUAGAUUCACUGAGGUUUUUGGGUGCUUCCUUGGAAGAAUUGGCUGCUACAUUGAAUGAUAAUGAUUUAAAAAUUUCCAAAAGAGAAUUUAGUAAUUUAAGUGUCGAACAAUUUAAAUUAAUAGCCAAAAAAGGGGUUUUCUGUUACGAUUUUAUAGAUAGUUGGGAAAAAUUAAAUACUUGUGAACUACCACCAAUAGAGGCCUUUUAUAAUAAAUUGGAGGAUAAAAACAUCAGUAUUGAGAAGUAUUCUCAUGCUCAUGCAGUGUGGAAAUCAUUUGAUAUUGAAAAUUUGGGUCAGUAUUCUGAUCUGUACUUAAAGACCGAUGUUUUACUUUUAUCAGAUGUUUUCGAACAAUUUCGAAGAAGACCCUGCAUGGUACUAUACAAUGCCUGGAUAUACUUGGGACUGUAUGUUGAAAUAUGUAGGAUGUAA